GUUAUGCCCUUUGGACUAACCAACGCGCCAACAACUUUUCAGCGUUGUAUGAAUGACUUGUUUAGGCCGUGGUUAGACAGGUUUGCAGUAGUCUACUUAGAUGAUAUUCUAGUGUUAAGUAGGACCCUCCAGGAGCAUGAGGGUCAUCUGACGCAGGCAUUGGAGAAGCUGAGAGAGGCCGACUUCAAGAUUAAUGCAAAGAAGUGUGAAUGGGCAAAGCCCCAAGUUUUGUAUCUAGGCCAUGUCUUAAACGGAGACAACAUUAAACCAGAAGAUAGCAAGAUCGCAGCGAUUAGAGAUUGGCCUACGCCCCGCACGCUGACAAAGUUGCGGUCGUUCUUAGGCCUAGCUAAUUAUUACAAAAAGUUUGUGAGAAACUUUUCCACCAUCGCUGCACCCCUUCGCAGGUUGCUGAAGAAAGUAACAAUCUGGAAGUGGGACAAGGACUGUACAUCUGCCAUGAAGAAACUAAAGCAGGCGUUGAUAGAGUACCCAGUCCUUAAGGUAGCUGAUCCGUCUUUACCUUUCAUCGUCACCACUAACGCAAGCCAAUAUGGUAUAGGUGUUGUAUUACAACAAGACGAUGGCAAUGGAUAUAGACCCGUAGAGUUCAUGUCUGCUAGGAUGCCUUCAAAGAAGGUAGCGACAUCCACCUACAAAAGGGAACACUACGCUCUCAGGCGAGCACUAGAACACUGGAAACACUAUUUGCUUGGGAGACACUUCAAAGUCUAUUCAGACCAGGAGACUUUAAGGUGGCUGAAGACUCAGGCCAAGAUGACACCUAAGCUUACUAGGUGGGCCGCAAAGUUAGAUCAAUAUGAUUUUGAGCUCAAGCCAGUAAAAGGGAAGUACAAUGUGAUAGUUGCGGACACUCUGAAUCAGCAGUGCCACGUCAAAGUGCCAGGUCACAGUGCCACGUCAGCAGUGCCACAUCAGCAGUGCCACGUCACAGUGCCAGAUCAGCAGUGCCAGGUCACAGUGCCACGUCAGACACAGUGCCACGUAAGCAGUGCCACAUCAGCAGUGCCACGUCAGACAGUGCCACGUAAGCAGUGCCACAUCAGCAGUGCCACAUCAGAUAGUGCCACGUCAAACAGUGCCACGUCAAACAGUGCCACAUCAGACAAAGUGCCACGUCAGCAGUGCCACGUCAGCAACAUGACGGGCCUGCCAGGGCAACUGCCCAACGAGUCCCUUGCCGCCUACAAGCAGCGUUUCCACGCUCAGAUUGAGGCUGAGGAACAACGCCUGCUGGCAGCCGAGGCUAUCCGCGUACAGGCUGAAGAGGCAGCAAAAGCAGAACAGCUGCGGCUACAGGCCGAUGCAGACGCAGAUGCCCAGGCUCGCCGCAAGGAAGCCCAGGAUCUGCUGCAGCGGCAUGAAGCCAACAGCAUCGACAGACUCGAGUACUGGCAUUUUGAACCGAACGGCGACGAGGCAACACCGGAAGAGAAGCACAAGGAGUUCCUCUCCAAACUCGUGACGCGGUUGUUGUAUGCUUGCAACUACCAACGGUCAGAGUUGGAGAGACAGUACCAGGACCUGACGCAACAGCAUCAGGAGUUGGCGACGCUCCGCCGCAUAGUGCAGGGCCACGAGGAUGCAACUCGGGCACUCAAUGCCCGAUUGUUGGACCUGGAACAGGCCGUACCAGGACCAGCUGCUGGGGCUUCCAGCAGUGCACCCUCUAGCCGCCAACUGGAGGACCGCGUUGACCACGUAGUGGCAAUGCUCGGCGACAUCAGCACUUUCGCUGCGCCGACCACCACCAUCAGCAGUCAGCUGCAUACAUUGAAGACCGAGGUCCAGCAGCUACAGACGACGAACGCAAAUGGCAAUCCGAAGAUGUAUAAGAUGCCAACGUUCACUCUGGAGAGGUUCGACGACUACACGCAGCAAGAUCCGGUCCUCUGGUGGGAAGCAUUCACAACGCAACUCAGGAUUCUGCCCGUAGACAAGCAUGCGUACAUCGGCGCCCUGUUCCUGAACUCAAAGGGCGGAUGCCAGACCUGGUUGACCCACCUGGCAACCUCCCACGGCGUCGACGUACCRGAGUUCAAGGACGUAAUCACAUGGGAGGAACUGACACGGUUGUGGAAGAAGCGGUUCAUCGUCGACGACGCGCCAGCACUCGCCAUCMACCRGCUGUUCACCAUGUCACAGGGCAACACAGCAACACGGGACUGGCUCACUGAGUGGCAGAAGAUUGCGGCUGUGCCCAAUCUGAACUUACCAUUCGAGCAUCUACGUCGUGAGUUCUACAACAGGUCCUGUGCUGCAUUGAGCCAGGCUCUUGGUGAUCGCAAGCAGUACUCAACCUUCGCGGAGAUCAUUGACAAAGCGAGGGAGAUCACCAAGACCAACAGGUCAGCUGCACACGAGAAAUCAACAUCAUGGCAGCCGACCUAUGUGGAGAAGGUACGAACUGGUCCGCGACAGCAGCACUUCGCUGCAGUCCAACAGGACUAUGGAGAUAACCCAGCAACCACUCCAACAUCAAGUGACGGAGAUCAGGUGGCUGCUGUCCAGCAGCGAAGCACCAACAAGUCCCGCAACAAUGGGAAGGCGAAAUCCGCAUCGCAGGCCGGAAAUGGACAGCCAGGACAGUUUCCAUGGGUCAAGUUUGGCUUGACCAAGGCGGAGUACAAGGUCCGCAGCCGCUACGACAGCUGCUAUUGGUGCAACAGCACCAAGCACAAGACCUCCCUGUGCCAAGAUAGGGGCAAGGAGGAUGUGCGACCCCUCCUCAGCUCGGGAAACUGAGCUCCGCGGAAG